AUGAUAUUUCUAGUAUCUAUAAUUCAAGUUACUAACAUUCUAUUUCAAAAGAAAUCAGUAGAUCCAUGGAAAUCAUUCGUUGCUGGAGGUACGGCUGGGGCAAUUGAAGGUGUUAUUACAUAUCCUUUUGAAUUUGCUAAGACUAGAUUACAAUUGAUUUCUAAAAGUUCAACAGCAUCAAGAAACCCAUUAGUUUUAAUUUAUAAUGUUGCAAAAACUCAAGGUGUAUCUUCAUUAUAUGUUGGAUGUCCUGCAUUUGUUGUUGGAAAUACUCUUAAAGCAUCAGUUAGAUUUCUUGGGUUUGAUCUGAUUAAAAAUGUAUUACUGGAUAAAAACGGCAAAUUAUCAGGUCCAAGAGGGGUUAUUGCUGGGUUAGGUGCUGGGUUAUUGGAAUCAGUUGUUGCUGUGACUCCAUUUGAAGCUAUUAAAACCGCUUUAAUUGAUGAUAAACAACUGCCAAAUCCAAAAUAUCAAAAUGGUAUAGUACGAGGAUCAAUUAAAUUGGUCCGUGAUAUGGGGUUCAAAGGAAUAUAUGCUGGGGUUGUUCCUGUUUCUAUGAGACAAGCUGCUAAUCAAGCUGUUAGAUUAGGAAGUUAUAAUGCCAUGAAAACUAUGAUUCAACAAGCUUCAGGUCAAAAACCAACAGAUCCGUUGAGUUCAGGUACAACUUUUGCUGUUGGUGCUUUAGCUGGUAUUAUCACUGUGUAUACAACAAUGCCAAUUGAUACUGUCAAAACUAGAAUGCAAGCCUUGGGUGCUGAUAAAUUGUAUACUUCUACUUUGAAUUGUUUUGUUAAGAUAUUUAAACAAGAAGGGUUAUUGACUUUCUGGAAAGGUGCUACCCCAAGAUUAGGAAGAUUGGUAUUAUCUGGAGGUAUUGUUUUCUUAUGUUAUGAAAAGAUCAUGAUAUUGCUUAACUAG